AUGGAUGAAACCGACAGUGUCCUCGUCGAGAACGUCAAAUCCUUUGCCUCGGGUGGAUUCGGUGGUAUUUGCGCCGUUUUGACCGGUCAUCCAUUUGAUUUGGUGAAAGUCAGAUUGCAGACUGGUGUUUACAACUCCACCUCUGAAUGUAUCAAAAAGACUCUUGCUACCGAUGGUUUGAAGGGUUUCUACAGAGGUGUUUUGCCUCCAUUGUUGGGUGUCACGCCGAUGUUUGCCGUGUCUUUCUGGGGUUACGAUGUGGGUAAGAAGAUCGUCACGAGCUACACUGGCAGAAAGGCCGAGGACUUCACCAUUGCAGACAUCUCCACUGCUGGUUUCCUCUCUGCUAUUCCUACCACCGGUGUGGCCGCACCAUUCGAAAGAGUCAAGGUGAUGAUGCAGGUGCAAAAGGGCGGCAAGAGCUCUAUGGCAUCCGUGAUUGGUGAAAUGUACCGUACCGGAGGUCUCAGAUCCAUCUUCAAGGGUUCCGCCGCUACCUUGGCUAGAGAUGGUCCCGGUUCCGCUCUUUACUUUGCAACCUACGAGUAUGUCAAGGAGAAAUUGUCUUCUCCAGGCGAGAACUUGUCGUUGUUUGCCAUUUCUGUUGCUGGUGGUUCCGCAGGUGUAGCCAUGUGGCUUGGUGUGUUCCCAAUUGACACCAUCAAGUCUACUCAACAGUCUUCCAAUGUUAGUAUUUCUAUUGCUACUGCCACCAAGAACAUCUAUAAGAAGGGAGGUAUCAAGGGCUUCUUCCCAGGUGUGGGUCCUGCUUUGGCCCGUUCUUUCCCAGCCAACGCUGCCACUUUUGUGGGUGUUGAGUUGGCUAAGGACUUCUUGGAGAAGCUCUAG